GGACAUCAAACGCUGUUGAGCACGAGAACGGGCUCGGGCAAACUUGGGUUGAGCACGCGUGUAAUUAGCCGAUGGUAUCUCAGAACUGGUAUCUUCUUCGGCUCAUAGACUAAGGGCUUUGCAAUGAAGUAAGUCAAGUCUUCUAUUCACCAAUGGCUGGCCUUGCAAUUCAUGAGGGAAGUUCUGGUGGGCUAUGAAAAAGCCGACCGAGCAAAUCUCAGUGUAUUGUCCAUUUAAAGUCAAAUAUCAUACAUGUCGACGCUACUCAUGAAACUACAGCUAUAUUGAGGCGCGCUCUGUCGCUCGAGGGGCCAAAAAUGGAUUUGCUGCGGAGCCCCACAGUGGAGAGCCUGGGCGACUCACGGAUGUCAUCGAGCAUGCUUCCAAAUGCAAUCGCCUCUAGCUCAUACAUCGGGCGUGCCUCUCCUGCCACCAAGCAGCCGGCCGGGGCUGACGGCAGCGACAGCCGCAGCAACGCAUCGCACCCGCGAGCGGAGAUGCCGUCGCCACUGGUGGCAAAUGGGGUGGCUGUAGCAAGCGGCAAGUCACCGCGGCUGUCAGGAAUGCUACUGCCGCCGCUGCUGGUCCGGGCGGACGAGGGCGCCGGCAGUAGCGCCGGCCUGCCCCCGAACAUCAGCAACGGUGGCGUUAGCAGCGGCGGCGGUGCGGAGCCACCUGCAUCCCCCUUCUCGGCUGCUGCUGCCACCGCCAGCGCGCCGCCGCAUGAGGGCAAACCAGUGACGGCGGCUGCGGCGGCGGAUAGCUUCACUGUCGCGAGUGCCCUGAUGGGCGACUCUGGCAGCCUCCUCGACUUGCGGCGUGGCAACAGCGACACGGGCACCGGCGUCAGCCCCAGCGGCAUCGGCACCGGCGGCAGCAGGUUUCUGUUGCUCCACGAGCCCCCACCGCCGCAGCGGCUCUUGUCCAAACAAGCCGGCGGCGGCGGCGGCGGCGGCCACGGUGCGGGCGAGGACGACGACGAUGAGAUUUUGGGCCCGGCGGUGUUGCGGGGCGCCAGCGGCGGCAGUAGCAGCAAUGGCGACGGCGGCUGGAGCAACAGCGGCGGCGGCGCGCUGCAGAGCCUCAGGGGCGUGGGCGUGGACUUGGGCGCGGGCGUGGGCGCAGGCGGGGGCACGGGCGGGGGUGUCAGCCCGAGCGGCGGCAGCGCCUCCGGGGAAGGCGGCGCGGCGGCGUGGGUGGUGUGGAGAGGCCUGGGGUCGCCCACGCCUGCAGCUGCCGCGGCGGCGGCGGCGGCGGCGGCAGCGGCGGCGGCUGGGGCCGCGGGGCCGGACCCGACAAUCGCGGGCAUUGUGCCGGCAGUGGAGCCGCUGCCGCCACCCACGUUUGCUGGCUAUGCGGCCGGAGGCGGCGGGGUCAGCAGCUCGGGCGGAGAUGCCACAGGAGCGCGGGCAGCAGAGUUGUUAGGCUCGGCAGAGGACGUGCUGUCUGCAGGAUUGGGGGCGGGUGGAGCCGGAGGCGGGGCUGGAGCUGGAGCUGGGGCCCGCGGGGCGAGCAUUGCGGGCCUGAUGGCUGCGAGGAGGCAGCAGCAGCAGCAGCAGCAGCAGCUCGCCACCCCCGCCACCCCCGCCACCACGAGCAUCAGCCGCGACCGCUACAGCGGCACAGGCACAGACAGCAGCAGCAGCGCGGCGGGCUCCGCAGCCACGGGCACUACAGCCGAUGUCAGCAGCCGUGCUACAGCCACGGGGCUCUCAGGCUAUGGCAGUAGCCGCCCAAGCAGCAGCCUUGCUGGAUCUCCGUCGGAGGCGGCCGCAUCUGCCGCAGCUGCCGCAGGCGGGGGCGAAACCAAGGGUGUGUUGCCGCCGCAGGCGUCGAAGCAGCAGCAGCAGCAGCCGCAGCAGCUGCAACAGGUGGCGGCCGCGGCGGGGAAGGCGGUGGGGAAGGCGGGUGCGCUGGUGGAUAGGUGGCAGCGCGCGGCUCGUGCUGUGGGUCUGAUGGCGGUGACUGUGCGGUGCUUCCGCACGCUGCACGACCGGCACGCCAUCAACUGGGUGUCGCCGGGGCAGCUGCAGGUGUUGGCGGAGAUAGGCGCGGGCUCGUUCGCCCGGGUAGACAAGGCCUUGUAUCGGCCGCCGGCACUCGGCGGCAGCGGCGGCCACGGAAGCACACCGCGAGUGGUGGCUGUCAAGCGCAUUCGGGAGGAGCUGCUGGCAGCUGCGUUCGGCAGUAGCAGCGGCAGUAGCAGCGGCAACCAGGACAAGGGCAUUAUCACGCAGCCCGCCGGCAAGCCCAGCCGCAGCCGCGGCAGUAGCAGCGGGGCCGGCAGUGGCCGCAGGAGCGGCAGUGGCAGUAGCAGGGGAAGUGGCGGGGGCGGCGGCGGGGGCGGGAACGGGCCGCUGCAUGUGGAGGACGUGCUGUUGUUUCUGCGGGAGGCACAACUGCUGCGGAAGCUUGACCACCCGCACAUCUGCCAGUACGUCGGCCUCGGCUUCACCACGUCAGCAACACACGCCGCGGCCGCUCCCGCCGCAGCAACGUCUGCCGCGGCGGCAUCCAGCGCCGCCAGAGCCCCCGCCGGCGGAGCCUCCGGCGCCGCUACCGCCACCACCAUCACCACCCUCGCGCCGCCGGCCGCCCAGACCGCUGACCGGGAGGCCCUGCACUUUGGCGAGCGCUGGCAGCAGCGCUACCGGCGGCAGCAGCUGCGCGCGGAGCAGCGGGAUAAGGAACGGCAGCAGGACAAGGCGGCCGGUGACACGCAGCGGCAGGAGGCGAGGGGCAAAGACAAGGAGGCGCGGGGGGCCAAGCAAGGCCGGGCGCCGACGCAGCAGGCGCAGGCGCGCAGGGGCGGCAAGGGCGCGCAGGGGCAGGCGCAGAAGCAAGGUCGCGGCGGCGCGGCGGGCUUUGAUAAUGACCUUGACGACGAGCGUGACGCCAGCUCACAAGACGACGACGAGGAUGGGCAUGAGGGUGGCAAGGAUGUGGGCGGGUUGCGCCGGCGCAAGCACCACACGGGGGGCAGUGACGGCCGGCUGCCGGCUCGGCAGCGGCGGCAGGCGCCGGCGGGUGCGGCGGACGGCGGGGAGAGUGACACGGACGCAGCCGCCCGUGGCGCCGCUGGCGGUGGUGGCGCAGCAGCAGGAGGUGGUGGUGGUGGUGGUGGUGGUGGAGCGGGCGGAGGCAAGGCGAAGGGCAGGGAGGGCAAGGCGCGGCGCAGCGUAGAGGCGAAGCAGCCGCAGUCGCAGCAGCGGCGGCCGCGAUCGGGUGCUGUGGCGCCAGCACCCGCGCCGGCGCCGGCGACGGCGCCCGCGCUGACGCCGGCGGCUGCUGGGGCUGGGGUUGUUUCGAGAAGAGACUUUGCCGGCACAGGGGUGACACCCGCGGCAGGAGCGGCAGGAGCGGCAGGCGUGCCGCGGCUCCGCCUGACGGGGCUGUUCAUCGUGACAGAGUACCUGGGGGCCGGCACUCUCAAGACGGCCGUGCGAGCCCAGAUGGACCAGCCCUGGCGCCAGCUCUACUCCAACUCCACCGCCCUGCGCUGGAUGACACAGGUGGCGGACGCACUGGCGCACCUGCACUCGCGGCGGCCCAAGGUCUUGCACCGCGACAUCAAACUCGACAACAUACUGCUGCAGCCGGAGGGCGGCGGCGGCGGCGGCGGCCGCGCCAGCGGCGCCGGCGGGCCCGACCGGCAGCACCCGCUGUACCAGCCGCGGCCGCGUCCAGGCAGCGCGGCAGCUGCGCUGGGCGGCGCCGGCGGGGCAAAGGAGGUUGUGAAGGGGCACCAGGGCCCGUUCGACGACUGCCUAGCCAAGCUGUCUGACCUGGGCCUGGCGGGCUUGUUGGCGGCGCACUCGGCGGCGCCGCCAGACGGCCCCGGCGGCGGCGGCUCGCGGUCGAUGAGGCCUCGGCAGCAGCACACGGCGUCCCGCCGCUCGAGAGCCAGCAGCGCGGCCACCUCCAAGCCGCAGCACUCGCAGUCCCAGCAGCAGUCCCAGCAGCAGGACAUGGAAGAGGACGCGGCAUCAGUGGCGUCGAGGCCCCUGUCGCCAGGCGCGGCCGAGCGGCAGCAGUCGCAGACCCUCGUGCGCCGCCGCCGGCCGGCCGGCGGCCCUGACGGCGACGCCGCGGCGGGCGCGGCGGCGGGCGCCGCCGCCUCCGGUCCGAGCGUGACGGCGACUCGGCCCGCCGUGGCGGUGGCGGCAUUCGUACCACCGCAGGCGUUGCUGUCGUACCCAAUGGCGCCGCCGCCGUUGCCGCCCGCCAUAUCAAACAAGCUGUACGGUGCCGAUGGCGGCGGCGAUUGCGGCGGCGGUGGCGGCGCGGGGGUGUUUGACCGGCCAUUGGCGUCUCAGGCGUCGGAACGGAUGGGCACCUACAUGUACAUCGCGCCCGAGGUGUACCACCGCAAGAAGUAUGACGAGAAGUCGGACGUGUUCUCAUUCGCUGUGGUGUUGCACGAGUUGUUCCACCGCUACGUCAUCAGCGCCAGCCUGGACAACGCCGACCAAAUGGAGAAGUACGCGCAACAGGUGGCGCACGGCUUCCGCCCCACCAUCCACAGCGACAUGCCGCCGCGGCUGCGGCGACUUAUCCAGAUGUGCUGGGCGCAGGACCCGGGCAACCGUCCCGCCAUGUCCGACGUGGCGGAUGAGCUCCGAGCCAUGGCGGCGGCGGGGGUGCUGUCGGAGCUGGAUCGGAGGCAGCAGAAGCUGGAGGAUGCAGCGGGGGCGGCGGGGGGCGGCCGCGGCAGCAGCGCCGCGGCGGCGGCGGCCGCAUGCGGCUGCGUGGUGUCUUGAUGUGGGCUGGGCGGCGUGCGUUGGGCCGGGAGUUGGUUGGGGUGGGGGUCGAGCGUGUGUGGGUUUUGGAGGCGCAGUGGGCGUGUGCGUGGGCCGGGAACCGGACGAGUGGCAUGGGUUGCAAUGCGGGGAUGGACUAUCUAUGGGUAUCUGUGUGGAAGCGGGAAGCGGGCGAGGCCGUGAGGGGGGGGUCACAGUGAAUUGCGAUGCUAUGAUGACGCGGUACAACCUUUGGUGAACUAAAUCCAUUCUGAAUGCGGCAUUACAAGAAGGGGCCGUCCUAUGACAUAUGUUACAUACAGUACAAGAAGGGGCCGUCCUAUGACAUAUGUUACAUACAGUACAGUGGUUGAUUGCGCGGGGCCGAGCGUUAUGUGGCCACCCCGGCCCGGGCCUCCGGUUUCCACGAGGCAACGUGCGCACCACCUUGUAAACAUACACACGGGAGGACAUGCAGGGUUCAGGAUGCUGUGCCGCUGUGGCAAUGCGUCUAAGCAGCCAUGAGGAGUGAUGCUGUGGUGGCGGCGUUCCGCGUUCGGUACAGUAACUCUGGCACUUGACCUUCUGCGCACUCAGACGGGUCGCAGGACUUCGCCACACUUCAUCUGUCCCACUGCUACAGCAGUACAGCUACACUAGCGGACCGCCAUGCAAUCCAUGGGGCGUGCCCCUAAGUCCCACUGCUACAGCUACAACUACAGCUACCGCGCCACGACGGCCAUGUAUGCAAUCUGUAGCAGGAACGCCGUAAAAGGACUUGAUGACGAGCUGGGGCUACCCUUAGAGUAUGUGGGACUUACGCGCCG